AUGGCGCCUGAACUCUCGUCAAAUUGGAAACAAUUGCAGGCCAAGAUCAAGCAAGAGUCGACCAAGCCUCAAGGCCAGAAGAGGAAGGCCGAAGAGAGCGCCGUAUCCCAAGCCGCACAGCAGCCUUUGAAGAGGCUCAAGGGCAGCCCAAAACCAGCUCUGUCAAAGCCGAAGCCACAGCGUCUCAAAAAUAGCGCCUCGAAAGCGAGUCAAAAGUCAAAUAUGGGGGCCUCGCAGUCCCAGCCUGGUCGAUCAGCUUCUCUCGCACUUUGGGCCGAAGACCACGACAUUUCGCCAGAAGCCGUUUCAGAAGCAUACGGUCUCGGCGUCAGGGACAAUUCACUGCUCACCGCCUCUGCUGUGCGUCCAAACGAGGGCCUGGCACCCAAUUGCGAGGUUGGCAAGUACAUUGCCAUCGACUGUGAGAUGGUUGGGGUUGGAGAGGGAGGCUACGGACACGCACUGGCCAGGGUCAGUAUUGUCGAUUUCCACGGACGUCAGGUCUACGACUCAUAUGUUCGACCUCAAGAGCGAGUCGUCGACUGGAGGACAAGAAUCAGCGGCAUAGCUCCAAAGCACAUGGCUGUAGCAAGGGAGUUCGCAUAUGUGCAGGCUCAAGUGUCACAGCUCCUGCACAAGAGGAUCCUCGUGGGCCACGAUCUCAAGCACGACCUGGACGUCUUGAUGCUUGAUCAUCCGCGAAAGGACAUCCGCGACACGGCCAAGUUCUCCGGAUUCAAGAAGUAUGGCCACGGUCCAAAGCCAGCACUGCGAGUCCUGGCCAGGGAGAUUUUGGGGGUUGAGAUCCAGACCGGCCAGCACUCCAGUAUCGAAGACGCUCGGGUCGCCAUGCUCUUGUUCAGACGAUAUAAGCCGGCGUUCGAUGUAGAGCAUGCUAGCCGGUAUCCCGACGUUGUUCCAAAGCCAAUUGAACCCAAGCCCAAGGCGAAACCCAAAAAGACGAAAAAGAAGCGACGUAACUGA